GCAACCCUGCACAGAAACACAACACAGAGCACGGCAACAAAAAGAGAAUUCAGUAAUCAGAAAUCCGCUUCGGAUUUUAAGGAUUUUUGAAUAAUUGUGCUUGUGCAUAAUAAUUGUAUAAUAGUUAUGAGUUUUGUGGUUAUUUAGAUCUUAGAAAUGAGGCAAAUGUUGUAAGAGAUUAGUUAAUGUUAUUUAUGUAUUAUUAACAAAUAAAUCGAAAAUGCAUAGACGCAGGGGGCCAAAUUUUACGUAUGUCAGUAGUUGUGUAAAGUAUAUGAUUUUUGUCUUGAAUUUUAUAUUUUGGUUAUUUGGAGGAUUACUGGUGGGUGUGGGUCUGUAUGCAUUCAUUGACAAAUGGCAGGCUACUGGACUCAUCAAGCUGGACACAGUGUACGAUGUAAUGUUGAACAUCAGUCUGCUGAUAGCACUUCUCGGUGGUGUGGUGUUCAUAGUCAGCUUCGCCGGGUGUGUCGGUGCAUUAAGGGAGAAUACGUGCUUGCUUAAAUUUUACUCGCUGUGUCUGCUGAUCCUGUUCCUGGUGGAGAUGGGCGGUGCAGUCUGCGGGUUCGUGUUCCCGCGAUCUCUACAUGGCCUUCUCGAGCUCAGCUUCACCGAGCGGGUGGUACACGCUUACAGAGACGACCCAGACCUGCAGAACUUUAUCGACUUCGCACAGAGUGAUUUCCACUGCUGCGGCCUUACGUCUGAUGGUUACAUGGAUUGGUCUAAGAACGAGUACUUUAACUGCUCAUCACCAUCAGUGGAACGCUGCGGUGUACCGUUUUCGUGCUGUAUCAACGCGACCGACAUCUCGUCCGGCCUGGUCAACAUAAUGUGCGGUUACGGAGUGCAGAACUUUCCUGUCGCCGAAGCAAGCAAGCGUGUGUGGACGAGCGGCUGCAUAGAAAUUGUCCGUUCAUGGGCGGAAAGGAAUCUCUACACCAUAGCCUCUGUAGCGCUGGGCGUGGCGCUCUCACAACUGUUUGUCAUAUAUCUCGCCAAGACGCUCGAAGGGCAGAUAGAAUUACAGAAAGCUAGAUAUGACCUCGUUCCCAGGUGGCAAACAUGAAACAGGGGCAGUGCGGGCGCGUACCGCGGGGAGUGUCGGCGGGCGCUCCUGUAGCAGCACGCCCCCGCCACGCUCGCCACGCCCGCCACGCCCGCCACGCUCGCCACAACCCCCGCCACGUUCGCCACAAACCCCGCCACCGCUCACCACAUUUGAUUGUGCCAUCACAGCGGCCACACGCCAGUAUAAGUUAUUACUAUGGUAUAUAUCUGUGGAAUUAUGUAAAAAUGUUUAUAUUGUAGAUUAAUUUCGAUAGUAUAUCUAUGUAUUUAAUGUGAUUGGAAAAAAUAGGAUACUGUUAAGAGGCCCUCUGUAAUAAAAAGGUAACGUCGUGAUCUCAUGUCAUUGUAUUAAGAUGAUAACUCAAAAUUUAUAAUACGGUUUUGCUAAAAUUUCGAUCGAUUUUUGAUGACAAUUUUAUUCUGAAUUGUCUUUUAGCAACACUGCAAUUAUUAUUAAAGAGGGUUUAGAUUAAAAAAAAAAAAAAACAGAUAGAUAGACUUUCAUAUACCUGACAGUUAUUAUAAUAUGGAUUUUCGUCAUAAUUAAUAAAUAUUAGUGUGUGUACACAUUGAUUUAUUUUUCAAUUUAGCGUGUAAUUUACACACAUUUAUGUAAUCAUCAUAUAGUUUAGACAUUAGAAACCUAAGUGAAAAGCAUGUAUAGAUUGUUAUUUGCCCAUUUUAUUUGUGAUAAGUUGAUUUAAGUAUUGUAUAAUAUACUGAGAUUACGUUUACGUUUCAAAAAACCAAAACCAAUUCCGGAUUACGAUUCAGUAUUAAAUAGUCACUUGUUUCAUUUCAAAA